AUGGCCGUGUUUGAUAAGCCUCCACAGACCGAAGAAUUACAAAUUGCCAAGUAUAAGACCAAUCUUCCUCUUCGCCCUAGAAAGAGAGGAACUAGAUCUGUGAGUAGCAUGGACAUAAGUUCUAAAGAGGCGGUAGUACUGUUGCUUGUUGAAGAGAUAAUUAAUCUACGUAAUUUGAGAUGCUUAGGAGCCUUAGAUAGAACCUAUAUUCCCGUGCGUGUCCCUGCACGCCUACACCCACGAUAUCGAAGCAGAAAAGGUUUUAUAUAUGUGAAUGUGCUUGGUGUGUGCAUGCAAGAAAUGAAUUUUUCGUAUGUAUUGACCGGUUGGGAAAGUUCUGCGGCUGACAGUAGGGUUUUACGAGACACCGUUCACCGACCAGGAGGCCAUCGUGUACCAUCUGUUCCCAUAUACAGGGAACUAUGCGGUAUCAUUUGGAUGAGUUUGGUGAAGACAUGCCACAACGGAAAUGUAAUUGAGCGAGCUUUUGGAGUACUGAAGUUGCCCUGGGUUGUCCUUAGAAGCAACAGUUAUUUCGGCAUAGGCACUCAAAACAAAAUUAUGCUUUUAUGUUGCAUUCUUCAAAAUUUCAUUUGUGCUACCAUGCAUGUGGACCCAAUGAAAAAUGAGGGGGACAACAUGAUGAAUUGGCAGACAAACCCCGAGGCCCAUGACCCCUUCGACUCUGUAGACGUUGUUGAGCCAACCACCGAAUGGACAAAUAUGCGCGCUUUAGCUAUGUCAAUUGGGGGACGUAAUUCACAGGCCGCCAGACAACGUCGAGUUUGGAAUGAAGAUGAGGAGCAUGCUCUGAUUGAAGGUUUGCGCGAUCUUGUCUCACGCGGAUGGAGAUGCGACAACGGAUUUCACAAUGGAUACACCACCAUAUUAGAACAACACAUGCAACAGAUUGAAGCGGGGAACAUGAUUACAGUGAGGGAUGAUGCCGUGUGGAAAGCCUACCUCAAGGCACAUCCAAAGGCCAAAGGAUUGCGUUAUAAACCUUGGCCCUUUUUUUCGGAUUGGGUGGAAAUUUUCGGAAAGGAUCGGGUAAUGGGAGAAAGGGAACAAGGUUUCACUAACGCGGUUAAUGAGGUCUUACAUGUUACAAACGUCGAAGUACCGAGCCCUAACCCACUCAAGACGCUUGCGCGGAACAUUAUGAUUAUCCUCAAAAUAACUAUGACUCUUUUUCGGCUCAAGCAGGUGAGAGUAGUGCAUCUGUCUAAGCGUGACGGAAAAAUUAAGCGUAAUGUUGAAGUGGAGGAUAAAAUAGUCGGGCUACUGUCAUCUGUUUGCCAAGAGACUAACAACCACCUUUCAGAACUGGUCGUUGUUGCUCGGUACUUAUCUAAGAACGUUGACGAGAUAGAACUGUUUUUCAGCAUGGACGAUGAUGGAAAGAGGUCGAUGGUGUACCAAAUAUUGAGCAGGUUACCAAAGUACUGGUAA